ACUAUAACUAAAGAGAAAGAAUGUGAGCCGUCGAUCUAAACCCUAGAUGACUCAAAGUUAGGGUUUUAAAACGAAUGCUUAGGUCUGGGAAGAGUCUUUCUGUGGAGUAGCGAAAUUGGGAGGCAAGGAUUUAGAGCCUCUUUAGCAGAGUAGCAGGAGAAGCCAAGCGCAGCAGGAGCCAUGGUGUUUGUCAAGGCUCAGAAGUCCAAGGCCUAUUUCAAGAGGUACCAGGUCAAGUUCAAGCGCAGGCGAGAGGGAAAGACUGAUUACAGAGCGAGAAUCCGCUUGAUAAAUCAGGACAAGAACAAGUAUAAUACGCCCAAGUACAGAUUUGUAGUGCGAUUUAGCAACAAGGAUAUUGUUGCACAGAUCAUAUAUGCGACGCUUGCUGGAGAUGUUACAAUGGCAGCUGCUUACUCUCAAGAGCUGCCUCGGUAUGGCCUGGAAGUCGGCCUUACAAACUAUGCUGCUGCAUAUUGUACUGGUCUCUUGUUGGCACGUCGGGUGCUGAAGCAGUUGGAGAUGGAUGAUGAGUACGUUGGCAAUGAGGAGGCCACUGGAGAAGAUUACAGUGUAGAGCCAGGUGAAUCCAGGAGGCCGUUUAGGGCUCUGUUGGAUGUGGGGCUCGUUAGGACAACUACAGGAAACCGAGUUUUUGGAGCUCUCAAGGGGGCAUUGGAUGGGGGACUAGAUAUUCCUCACAGUGAGAAGCGUUUUGCUGGAUUUAGCAAAGAUGAUAAAAGUCUGGAUGCUGAUGUACACCGAAAAUAUAUAUUUGGAGGCCAUGUGUCUACUUAUAUGAAGAUGUUGAGGGAAGAUGAACCAAGUAAGUAUCAAUCUCAGUUCACUAAAUACCUCGAAAAAGGAAUAGAGCCUGAAGAUGUAGAAGAAAUGUACAAGAAGGUGCAUGCUGCCAUCAGGGCAGAUCCAUCUGUGAAACAUACAGAGAAACAUGUUCCUAAGGAGCAUAAGCAUUACAAUCUCAAGAAACUGACCUAUGAGGAAAGGAAGGCUAAAUUGAUUGCUCGAUUGAAUGCUUUGAAUGCUGGUGAUGACGAGGACGAUGAGGAGUAAUUGUGAAAGUUAUUAGUUUAAAGGUUAAACUAUUUUGUUGCUUUGUGAAACUUGGCAGCUUAUUAUGAGACCUUUUUUCCACUUACAUGUAGAGGACAGGCUUAGGGGAUGGUCCUUCCCAUUUCAUUUUUGUAGAUUAGUGCAUCUUAUUGUGAUAGACGCGGAAUUGAAUUUUAUGAAUAAUUGCAAGAUUUUUCUAGAUUGCUCUA